UAUUGAUGCUCUCAUCCCUCAUGGCUUUUCAAAUAGGAGUGAUUCUGACAGCUCUCAUAGUGGGUUCAGUAAAUUCGGUUACUGGACAAGUUAGCAGUUCUUGCACAACCUCUAUGAUGAACAGUAUCACACCAUGCGCCAACAUCAUCACAGGAAGCACUAAUAAUAAUGGUUUAAAGCCACCAAGUACGUGUUGUGAUUCACUGAGGUCUUUGAUGAACACCAACACCAACUGUGCUUGCUUUCUGCUCUCUGCCAAUGCUCCAUUUUUCCAACUACCCCUCACCCUUGCCCUCUCAUUUUCACAAGCAUGCAACAUCAAUGGACUUCCUUUGCAGUGCAAAGCUUCUGCUUCUCCUUUACCAGCUCCAGGUCCUGCAGUUCUUGGAUCGAACGCUCCAACCCUAUCACCCUUAAGCCCACAAGCAGAUUCAAAAAUGGUUGAAGAAGAGAAAUAUCAGAAAGUUCAAUUGGCGGCGGCGUCAGUUCCGGCGGAAGCAGGAGCACCCAGUAGAAGUAGAAUUCCACAGAUCAGACCAGUGUUGACUCCACUUCCUUCGCCAUCUCGUUCAUCUUUUCUCUCAUCACCACCUUAUGAUUUUCUCGUAGGAAUCGUGCUUUUGUGCCUCUAUUCCUAAUUUUUAUUGUACAAUGAAUAACACCAAAACCCUAA